AUGACAUCACAAUCUUCAUUACUACAUUUUUUAAUAAAAAAAACCGCUGUGUCCAAGCCUAAUCAUAGUGAUGACAUUCCUUGUUCAUCAAAUAUUACGAAUAACGCCGAAAUUGAAAGUAAUACUGAUACAACUAAUUUAACUGAAUUAACUGAAAUGUAUGAUAUUGGUUCAUAUAUUAGUACAAGAAUAUCUGACGAUAAACUUAAGUAUGAUUUAUUGAAAAAACUAUGGCAGCCUCAUACUUCAUACAACUUUCCAGUAGUUUCAAAAAGAAAAUUGAAAUUUCAGUUAUCUUGGAUUACUCGUUUUUCCUGGUUAGUAUAUUCGAAAAAACUAGAAGGUGCGUUUUGUAAAAUGUGUGUAUUAUUUUCAAAUGAAACAUCGGGAAAUGGUAACUCUGUAAAUGUCGGUGCAUUAGUUAAUAAACCAUUUAUUAACUGGAAAAAUGCUCUCGAAUGUUUUACAACGCAUUCAAAUACUGACUAUCAUAAAUUGUCAACGUUAAGAGCGGUUGAGUUUGUUAAAAUAAUAGAAAAUAAAACAUUUGAUGUAGCUACACAAGUACAUUCUUUUAAAAAAGCUCAAGUUAUCGAAAAUCGCUUAAAAUUAAUUCCAAUAAUAGAAACUAUUAUUUUUUGCGGUCGUCUAGAGUUAGUAAUGAGAGGUCACGACGAUAGUGGGCCUAUUUUUAAUUGCGAAAAAGAUAAUAAUGACGGUAACUUUCGAGCUUUGUUAAGAUAUCGAGCAUUAAGUGGUGAUUUAACACUAAAAAAUCAUUUGAUGAAUUCAUCGGGGAAAUCGGUUUACAUUAGUCCCAUAAUUCAAAAUGAAAUAAUACAAAUAUGCGGUUCUCUAAUUCAAAAAGAAAUUGUGUUGAAAGUAAACCAAUCAAAAUUUUUUUCUAUUUUGGCAGAUGAAACUUGUGAUAUAUCUCGCAUUGAACAAAUGUCUUUGUGUGUAAGAUAUAUUGAUAAUGGUUUUAUUAGAGAAGACUUUUUAGAAUUUGUUCCUAUUUAUGAUGCUAGUGGAAAAGGAAUGGCACAUACAAUUAUACGAGAAAUUGGAAAACUAGGACUUAAAAUAGAAAAUUUAAUCGGUCAAGGUUAUGAUGGGGCGAGUGCAAUGAGUGGCUUGUAUAGUGGUGUCCAAAAGUAUAUUAGAGAUGAAAUACCACACGCGCUUUACGUUCACUGCGCGGCUCAUUCACUCAAUUCAGCAAUAUGA